AAGGACGAAAAGGACUCUCGAAAGAAGAGGAAAGCUGAAAGAAGUCAGUCCGAGUCUUCUGACGAGUCUGAUGUAGACAAAGACGCUGACUCCAAAAAGAAGAAACAUAGUAGUGAAGAGAAGGAGAAAAUUACAGAUAAGUCUAAAAAGAAAAAGAAAAAGAAGAAGCAUAAGAAACACAGCAAAAAGAAAAAGAGGAAGACCUCCAGCUCGGAGUUGGACUGAAGGUGCUAGCGGCGGCUGGAUUUGUGAAUGGUAACGGAAAAGACAGAGCUCUUGACAGACAGUGGAGAAAUAAAUCCAUCAGAAAGCUGUCCAAGUGACUCUUAAAAGUGGGUGCUCUUUAGCAUCGUGCAGCUGUAGUGGAGACUGGGAUGAGAGGAUCGUGGCGGGGGUGUUGAACAGGGCGUGGGGUUCAUUACGUCAGGUUUGUGUUUGUUUUUUAAGCAGAUGAUUCUCAGUCCAAAUAAAGACCAUUUACACAUCA